CUAUAUGUGUUGGAAAUUUACGGAAUUACAGUUACAAUUAAAGGCCUUAAGAUCUUUGUGUUUUCAAAUAAUAUUCCAAGAGCGAAUGAAACAUAACGAAUCAGAUAUGUUAUUUCAUGAAAAGUAGCCGUAAUCACUUCGUUGUAAAUCAACAGUACGAACGAACGUAACAAAGCUAAAGUAUCUAGUUCGUAUUCGUUAAUUAAUGAUAAAAGUACGCUUGUUUUACGGUGGGAAGUCGCGGAAAAUGUCUUGCAUUGUCUCUCGCACGUGAUAACGUAGAGUUUCUCUUGUGAUUUGGUACAACUAUACGGGCUCACGAUCGAGUUGCGUGUCCACGAGACGGACGUUAUUUGAAUCGGCAUUCCUCGUGCCUGGCUCAUAUCUCGUUUUCUGUAAACAUGGUGUUUGAGCUCGUUGGAAUAAUUGUUUUUUUCCACGAGAUCGAUUAGUGGGCACAGAUUUUGCGAAUAACAUAGCGGCCACGCGCGAUUUCCCACGGAACCGGUGUAUUAUGUGAUAUCACCGGAACAGAGAGAAAAGUAUGGACACAUAUUUGCUGCACGGAAGCUGUAUGAUUUAGCGAUAGACUUUGGGCAACCUCAGGUAUUUUAUCAUGGACCAGUCAGACACACCGCAGACACAAGUCCUCCAGUCUGAAGGAUCAACCACUGAUGUCGAUGCACAAACAAUCCAUGUCACAGAGAUUGUUCAUCAGGAAGCAAAAGUUGCUACUACUAUUGCUGCUACUGCUGUUUCUACUACUACUACUACUGCUACAACAACAACUACUACAGAAGAUAGUCAAGAUUUACAGAAUGUGUGCAAGCUGCAACAGGGUUCCACCCCAUCAGCGAACAAUACUGAUAGCAACGUAGAAUCUAAGUUAGAUGAUUGUGUAGAUGGGAGCAACAGUGAUACACUCCCUGACAAAGUUCACAGCGACACGACUGGUCACUUGACGUGCGAUUCACACAAAUUGGAUGGAAAAGUAGAUACGUCAGAAUCUAUUGACAUCUAUGAGCAUAUAAAGGAUGAAAUUGUCGAUCCCAAUUACGAGUUGCAGUCCUUGUCCAAUAAGGAAGACCAAAGCCUAAAUGUGAUAACUGAGUCUAAAGAAAAGAAAAAGGAUGCGGUGCACAUUGUAAACAAUGUAAUAGAAGACUCAAAUCAAUCCAAUGCUGUAGAUGAGCAGGUAGACAAGGCGUCGCUAGACAAAUCUGUCAGCGACAAUUCUGAGGUUCAGAUUUGUCAUGAUGACGAAUCGGUCGAGAAGAAGAUCAAGGAGAUACACGGGAACGACAGUAACCAGAAUAGUUCAAUAGUAACGAAUGCUGAACUGACCAAAUUAGUAAACAAAGAGACAGUAGUGUUAGAAGAGACUACACCGGUUGCGAGUGCGACUGCGGACAAUUUUGUUAUCAAUGUAGGUGAGAAGAACGCUAGCAGUGCACACAACCAAGAGACUUUGUCCAGUCUGCAGGAAAAGAAGCCUGUGGCGGGAUCCGGUCACGAUACCAACGAGGCCACCAAUCUAAUCAACUAUAGCCAAGAGAGCGGUGGUACUAUAAUAGAGGUGAUCGCGACGAAAGGUAUGCAUAGUCCGGAGCAACAGCGGAAUAGCGAGAACCACGCGAAGAGCAAUAAGUGCGAUAUAGGAACUACGAAGCUAACCGACGGCGAAGUAGUGGCUAAAAAAAGUAUCAAAGAAAAGGACAGUAGCAAAGGUCUGGUCAACUCAAUUAGCAAAGAAGAUAAUGCGAAUAUGGAAACUACCGCUGUCAUCACAGAUAAGAAGAUUAUAAGCACGAAAGAUGUCAGUCCAGAAACGACAAAUCCACCGAGAGUUGAAAACGUUCAUGAGUACGCCAACAAAGGAACCAACGACACUAAAGAGACAGACACGCCUGUAGCUGACUCGACGAAGAAGAGGAGCGUUAUUCAAGACAUUUUCGACGACUGGGGUGUCGAGAAUACAGAUGAGGACGCGCAGUCGACCUCGAAGGAGCACGAUUCCGUGGAGAUCGAACUGAAGAGUCUUUUGGAUGAGCCGAAGUCGGAUCAACCUGCAACCAACCCUCGCCCAGCUUCCGAGGAGGCGACUCCUCAAGCCAACAAAGAACGUGGUGCGGACAGUGUGCGUAGCGCGAACGCAACUGAGACAAAUACAACGAAGAAAUUGGCUGGACAGACGGAGAAUCAAAAAAAGAGCAAGGCUGUCGUGAGUCGGGAUGCGACGUCGUUAGACCGAAAUGAGAAAGACCCAGCCGUGCCGGCGAUCGGCAGAUCUUUACGCACAUUUAACGCGACGCCGCACACAGCGACUCAUAAGAAUCGUACCCGCCACUUAACAAGCCAAAUAGCGUCGCCGGCGGAGGUGACGGAGGUGUUGAAAGAGCGUCUACGUGAGAAACAGAAGGUUGUCGUAGACGCGCCACGCACGCCCGAUAUAUUCUUCGUGAAAAAACUGACCCAGAGAUUAUCCAGCAAAUUGGCGGGCAAUCCGAUACCGUCACCGGCGAAUCCGAUGUCGUCACUGCCACAGCAACCUGCUGCAUCUCUACCUUCUUCCACACCCGCGCCACUGACGGCGGAGAACUGUGAUAAGAGCGCAACGACCGGGAACAAUACGGCAACAGAAACUAGCAAGGACGGCAAUUCCGACAGCAAGGAGUUGUUAGCAAUUUUGGAAGGCGAUGUCGAUCCCGACUGGUCUAUCUUAAAGCCUCCGACACUCACCGAGGAGGGUAAAACUUCGUCUAACGUAGAGCAAUCCGAUAACUCUAUUGGUCCGCCAAAACUCGACCCGUUAAUCGAGCGAGAAAUGGCGUUGAAGCAACUCCUCGAGUUGCCCGUAGCGUCGUCCAAGAAGAACGUAACGCGAAAGAAGAAAACGUUCAAACCAGCCCCAGGCAAAGCUUCUAGGGACUCCGGCACAAAGAAUCCGGUCGUUUCACAGGAUCAAAAGAAGGUCAUCGAUAUCGAUCUGCCAAACCAGAACGCGUGCACAGAUGUGGAAGAUAUUGGAAUCGAUUUGGAUUCACCAUCUCGCGAGCAAAACAGCAGUUUGAAAGAUCAGGACGUCGAACAGAUAAAUCCAGCAUCACGUACCGAGGAGUCAAGAGCGGGCAGGAAGCGCAAGCUCACCGAGAAAGCGAGAGAGCACGAACACCAAACCACGAUCAAGCGGCAGAAGGUAUACAAAGGUAAAGUCUCAAUUAACAAGAAGCAAGAUACUAACGUCGCAUCCAACGAUGACUCGACGAAUGACAGUCUUAUUGUGGCGAGCACCACACCGGAGAUCGACCUUGAAAAUCACGAAGAAGAAGUGGAGAACAAGCAGUUGGAGGACAAGGCGGAGCCGACUCUAAACAAGCUCGAAAACUCGCCCCUGAAACGGCCGAAGCAAAGUCUCACCAAAAAGGGCUCGCAGCCGAUCACCAAAAGAAAAGUGGUGGUGAAGAAAUUGCUACGCCAGAAAAUAUCGCCCAACAAGAAGACUGUCAAGCUGAAAGCCAAACUGAACACGUCGCCAAAGAAGUCUCCAACCAAGGUGAUCCCGAAGACGCAGCCGAAACGAGCGGCCGAAAACUCACCCGGCGAUGCGAAGCCCAAGAAGAAGAAUAUCAAUGAGAUUGAUAGGUUGCUUCAGGACGAGGGUGUCGUUAAUCUUCUGUACGACGUGGAGCAACCGGACAAGAAACGCCUGGUUCCGAUCACGAAGUCUCGGGCGAAAGUAAUGGACCUACAGAAGGUGCAGCGCGAGCUAAAGAUUCGGAAGAAAUUGGUACGCAACGCUGUACUGCGAUUGCGUACUUCAUCCGGCAGCGUCACAAAGGUGUCGCCGAGGUCGAAGAGGACGGCGGGUCAUCCGAGCGACGCUACGACUGACAAGAAACAAGUGGAACAAGUGGCGUCGCAGAAGACUCCGAAUGCCACAACACCCACGGAGUUUAUCCUACCGGCGAAAAUCAGAAACGCCGCUGACGCAUCUAUCAUCGUUAGGAGGCACUCGUCGAGUUCGUUCUCGAGCGCAUCCGGAAGCCCCAGAGUCAGCGUCGAUACACCGGAUAAGUCUGUUGCAGAGACCGCCAAGUUGGACGACAGCACGAUCCACUCGUUGAGAUCCGCGAAAAGACGGCACUCACAAGACGAGAAGAUUAACGUGAAAAAAAGCAAAAAGAAAGCGGAGAAGUCUGAAGCGACUGAUACCACUGCUACCAGCACUAGUAUCGCCGCUGCUAGUGUCACCACGUCCACUACUACAACCACCACAACCACGACCAACGCCACCGCUAAUAUUGCAGAGGAGAAAGCUAUUGCAGCUGUGCGUCCGAGUAAGAAAUCGGAAAUCAAAAAGGUCGACAAAGCUGCCAAGCAACAGGAACAUAUCCCCGCGCUCGAGAAUAGCGUCACUUCCAGCAAGGUCACGACGAGAUCAAAUGGCGCAGCAACUGGGAAGAUAACAGCGAAGAACAAGAAAGCCGUCAAGAGCAAAGUGAGCUUCGUCAAGCCAAGUGAAGCCGAAAGUUCUCUGGACUCUUCCAAGGAGGAGGCCGAAUUGUCAGCUUGUCUCGCUGAAGCGGCUACCGCUCUUGCAAUCGUCAAUGCUGGUCGGUCCGGGAAUAAUGCUAACACACGAAAGAACAAAGGUAAAGUAAAUACAACUGUCGUGAAAAUGUUGGAAUUAGGUAAUACCAAAACCGAGGCACCAGGUCAAUUCCGCAAUAAGGAGAUCAAUGUACGACGGCACGGUAAUCUUGUGCAACUAAUACUUACACCAUCCUCAUCGACGAGAGUAAGAAACGCUCUGACGUUGCAAGUGAUGCAGGAGUUCAAAGAGGCACUCUUGAUACUAAAUAGAGACGAAAAAUGCAGAGUAGUAUUACUGACUUCUACAGGUACUAGUUUUUGCGAAGGUCUCGAAUUGUCGACGUUAUUACGUGCGAAUAAAGAAGAACGACGGUCUGUCGCACAAGAAUUAGCGACCGCUGUCAAGGACUUCAUCAAAAGCUUAGCUACAUUUAAUAAACCUAUAGUAGCUGGCGUGCAGGGGGCUGCAAUUGGACUCGGUGUGACAAUGUUACCUCUUUUCGAUCUCGUAAUUGCCAGUGAUAAGGCGACAUUCUGUACUCCUUACGCGAAGUUAGGCCAAAUCGCCGAAGGAGCCGCUGUUUAUACUCUUUCUCAUAUCCUGGGCAGCCCAGUAACAAGCGAGCUUCUCUUGGGUGGAAGAACUCUGACAGCUAGCGAGGCGUUGCGAGCGGGUCUUGUUACUCGAGUUCUGUGGCCUGACCGUUUUCAAGUAGAAUUAUUACCAUCGUUACGGGCCAUGGGUGAGCAAUCGUCACAGUCUAUGGAGGCAACCAAGGCUCUACUACGUCAUAGCCUACGAAAAAAAUUAGACGCCGCUCUUGAGUCGGAAACAUACUUGUUGACUCAGCAAUGGUGUUCCGCCGAGUGUCAGACUGCUAUAAAAGCUUAUAUUGAUGGAAAGAUUCAAUAAACGAUGUGCAACUACUAUCAAUAUAUUGUGAACCAGAAAUCUGUGUUAGAAAUCGGAAAUGACGAUUUGUGAAUAAUACAAAUAUAUAUGUAAGGUCAAAAAAAAUAUACUUCUGGUGUAACAUUCUACGUCAACGCACGAUAUUUUAGAUAUAAGAUAUUGAAUCACUCUCAAAACAGAUGGACUAUUUUACUAUUAGAGAUCAUUUAGAUAUAAAUUUAUUAUAUAUGAAAAUAUAAAUAUAUACAGAAAUUUUUCCGUAGUAUGUUAUUGUUAGAUUAAAAUAAAAGUACAUUCUGUAUUGAUUGUAACUGUAUCUUCGAUGAUUACUAAGUUAAGUGGCUUGCAAAAGUUUUGCAAUAUUUCGGCAAAAUGUCAAUUCUAAAUAAAUAUGCGCCACUCUUUUGGUUUGUAAUAAGGUGUACGAUUUUGUAAACGGCCUCGUAAAAAGUGUUCGAAAGAAAGAGGAUCCAAAAGUUGAGUUUUAAUAUAUCAUAACUUCUAUAUGAUAAUUUUUAAUUUUUAUAUAGUGAUUCUAUAUAUAUAUAUAUAUAUAUAUACAUAUAUGUGUGAUAAAUAUGAUAACUCUAAGUAAGAUUAUAACGUUCCGUGGUAAUUUAGUAAAAGUCAGGGUCAAUAAGAACCAUUGAAAACAAAACAACUAUUUAAUUGUGGUGUAUCCAGGAAGGAGUUCAGAUGUUAUAUUAGCGAACUUCACUGCUCAAAUGUCAAAAAAGAAAACAUUCAUCUACUAAUUCUUCCAUGUAAAGCGGAUAUUUGUACGGGUGACAUAUUUUUGUAAAAUUAACAAGUAUCUAUCAAAAAAAAAAAAAAAAAAAA